AUGAAUAGUCAGUCGCGACCAGCUGAGUCCGAAGUUCAGGUUACUCCUAGUGGCAUUGCGAGUCAACUGCAGUCGAAACCAGGUGACUUCGUUGCAAAUUUCGAUGCGCCAUGUGCAGCAAACUCUGUAGCACCUUCAGUGAACACCAACUUUAUACCAAAUAGCAGUGAAGUAUGUACUAAUGCAAUAAAUGUGGCCUCGAUGUCAGUUUCCUCACCGACAACGGUUGUUGGUGUUCCAAGAUACGAGGAAACUUGUCGAUCCCACGACCAUGUACCGGCCAUUGCUCAGGUUGCGCCUUUGCGACCAGAGUCCGACUCUGUGUUAUCUGCUCAAUUUUCAACCCAAAUUCAUGAUGCUCAAGUGCGAGUGCCAGUUGACGAAGUUACGGGAGGUACUCUUAACGAUGUGAAUGUUUCCACACGAUUCCAAUCUUCUCCAUCAACUGCUGAAGUUAUUACCACUGAACUAGUAGUGGUUGACGAAAUUGAUUUAUCAGUUUCUAUUUCCCUUCUCCAGGAAGCCAGCGUUCCGCUUAAUGAACAAGUAUCAGUGACACGGGUGACUCCUGACGUUUCAGCAGUGAAUGAUAGUACACUUAGUCUAUUUGAUGUCAAGACAACAAGUACCCCUAUCAAUGGGGACGACUCUAUCGUCAGAGCAGGAACUCAGAAAGAGGAAAGCUGGGAACCUCGAGAAACUAUGGAUAGUUUGUGUUCUAAUAGGAAAUCUUGUAUAGCUUCAUCAGCUGCAGCCCACAAUAGUCGUACAACAAAUUUACCUUCUGUGAGGAAUGGUCCCGAACGGCGAAGUGUUCAGAGCCGUUACCGGAUAUUCAAGGAGCACUUUUCUGGUAUAAUGGGUCGUUUGGAUCAAUACAGAAGUGAACCACCACGUAGCGAGUUCCGAUCUUCGUCACGGACUGGUAACCCACUGAUGGCAAACGUGUCUAACAGGUCUGCAUCGUUCCACGGAUGCCAAGCAAUCAAGCACAACACGUGUCUUCUUUGUGAUACCAGAAAGCAAUGCAGAAUGUGA